AUGUAUCAUGCCAUUAAAGAAUGGGGUGGAACUCCUUUUGGCUUUAUUGAUGAUGUGACUAUUACCGUUGAAGGUAAAAUUGAAGAAAAUACCAAAAGCUUAAGCAACAUAUUAGAAAAAUGUUGUAAUUGGGCUAAAUCAAGAAUGACCAAAAUUGAUUUGGGUGACAAAUUGGGUUUCAUUCAUUUUACAAAAAAUGUGAAACCUAAAGAUGAGAAAGUGCAACUUACUUUACCUAAUGGAGAACUUCGUGAACCCCAGAAGGAAGUUAAAUUGCUUGGAAUUACUUUGAACAAUCUGCUUGAUUUUAAAUCUCAUAUUUUGAAUAAAAUCAAUAAAGCAAGAAAAGCUGUUGGUGCUAUUUGGCAUCUUGGUGGCGUGCAAAAAGGAGAAAUCCACAAGUUGGAAGUGAUGCAGAACAUGGCUUUAAGAAGAAUUGUUGGUGCUUAUCGCACAACUCCUAUUGCGGUACUACAAAAGGAAGCUGGUAUUAUGCCAUAUAGUAUUAGGCUAAAAUUUAUGGUGGCACGAAAAGCUAUUCGUUUACACCUAAAUAUUAGCAAAACUAAUCCUAUUAAUGGUCAUUUGUUAACAUUGAUUGAGAAAUCUCCAAUUGCAAAGCUAACCACGCUUUACAUGUUGGCGAAAGAUGAUAGAGACUAUAUGAUUAAAAAGGAUGAAAAACGAAAAUGCAAGAGGGUUGAACCUCUUACACUGAAACAACAACAAAAUCAGACGAUUGGAAUUUUGAAGAAACAAGCAAUGGAAGAAUGGCAAGAAAUGUAUUGGAACAGCAGUAAGGAUCUGUGGUAUCAUAAUAUCACAGUGGAGUCGAAAUGUACUGAUAAUCUUUCCAAAAUGGUUACGGGAGUGAUCAUGAAGAAAGAUAGUCGAAGGAUCUUGAGUAAUAUUACUCAGUUUCGCACAGGCCAUGGCAACUUUGGCGCAUGGUUUAAAAAGUUUGGAAUUGAAAAGGAUAGUUACAACUGCAAAUGUGGAGAGCUGGAAACAGUUCAUCACAUUUUAGUUGAGUGUCCUUUGCUUAAAGAGGAAAGAAAAGGACUGAAACGGAUAUCUCCAGAGAUGGACAUGUCGACUCUCUUAAACAGUUUAACUGGCUUACAAGAGAUUGUAAGCUUUAUCUCUGCUUGGAGGGAUUAA